GAACGUGAUGAUAAGCCGCGGGGUAAAGUCAAAAUUGCGACACACAGUAAAACAACGUUUUCUAUUGGAAGUUUGUGCAUAGAGGACGAAAAGGUUUAGUGCGACUAUCUCUUCUUGUGGUAAUUUCCGUUUGUCAACAAAAAAAGGAAAAGAAAAAUGGAGGAAAGUGAUGGAAUGGCUGAAAUUUAUCUGAAAACGCUUUUCGUCACCUGCAAGAGUCAGUGGCACGGAGACAUAAGUAAGCAGAGAGAGGUUGAAGUGACAUUGAAAGCUAUUGAAAAUGCCCUUCAAGGACUUUUGCAACAAGUUAGCAGUCGUUGCAAAGAAAACGAGAAACAAACGAAAAAACUGCAGAAACAUUUGAUGGAAGUAGCAGGGCUUUUGAGUGAGUCGUCAGAAGAGAAGCGGUCUUCAGAUGAAACGGGAAAGUUGUCUCAAAAGUACACUAAGCUAUUGGCAGAUUCCAAAAUCGUUGCCAAGAAAACGUCGGAGCAAUCGGCGACGUUUGGAUCGAUCCGCAACGCUGUCGUUUCAAUGGACAUAAAGACUUCUGAUGGAAAAAAGCUGGCCGUGCCUUUGUUUGAUUCGGCUCUACUUAAUUUUCCCUCUGAAGGGCUAAGCGAACAGGAAACAAAACUUUUAACGUCUUUGUCAUUUUUGAUUCUUGCGGCCAACCAGAAAGAACAGUGGAAUAUGCCAGUGGCUGUUACCCAAGCAGUCGCUACCCCGUCCGAACCGGGCAAAAUGACCAAGAAGCAAACACAGGCAGAAGGUAUUAAAGUUAAAAAUAUUGGGGAAAAGAAGAAUGAAAAGGCUGCAGCAGAAGAGAGCAAGGGCAAAACUGCAGGGGAUGACAAACCAAAAAAUGUUGGUGAAAAAGAAGCCGAAUUUAAGACAUCAACAGAAGAAACCAUUAAGGGCGGUAAAGGAGCCCGGCAGAAAGGUUUUGGCGAGAAGCAAACGUGGAAAACGGACAAGGCUGGUUCAGCUGGCGGUUUUAAUAAACCGACCGAUCAAAGGAAACCGCCCGUAAAUUUUCCAAGGAAAACAGGAGAUUUUAUCCCCCAUUUAGGCACACCGCAACGACACGCGUUUCAUAUACCGCCACCAACCCUACCACCACCAAUCUUGCCACACACUGUUUAUAACACUCCACCAGAGAGGCCCUCCAAACAAUCGUUGCAUAACAAAAAGGCAUUUUUGGUUCUAGCAGUAAACGGGAAACAGUACGGAAAGAUCGUCUUUGAAAUUCGACCAGACGUGGCACCUGUCAUGUGCGAGAAAUUUGUUCAAUGUUGUUUAUCACAGGAAGGGGUAUCGUACCGAGGAACCGUUAUUUAUCAGUCAAAACCGAAAACUUUAAUUAGGGGCAAAAGAGUUAUGGGGCAGGAAUCGUUGUACAUGGCGGAUGAAUCUCCAUUGAAAAAAACGCGAGGCGCAAUAUUUUUCCAACUGAAACGUGACUACUCCUUGGUUCAUUGCAGCAUCGUAUCGACCGAUUUCACUAUUUACCUUGAUGAUGGAAAACCUGAUAACCAUAGAACUUCAACCGUCUUUGGUUACGUCUGCGAUGGAUUGGCUGUCUGUGACGCCAUUAGCCACAUGGAUUGCGAAAAAGAUAAUAUUGCCGUAAUAUCAGCAGGACUGGAAUGAGGGCCAGGGGUUUUAUUUGGUAGCUCUUGUCAAUUUCUUUUAACGUACAAUUUUAAAGUACAGUAAAAACAAAAAAACACACUUUCGUAGAACACGUACAUAUUUUAUUUUUUAUUUUACAUUUUUGUUUUUCGCCAUGAUACUUUUUCGAUCCUGUUUUUAUUCCAGAAAUUUUUUCCCUAUAAAUUAGGUUGUAAAAGAGCCUUGUCGACGCAACACUCUUCUGUGUACUUUUGAAAAAAAAAUUGACAAAACACAUUGGAUAAUAUCUUUAUUAUAUUGAAAUAUACUACAAAGUAAG